UCUCCGAUUGCGCGCGCCAGUCCGGUUCGCAUCGCUGAUCGUGAAAUAUAUUAUUGCUGAGUGACAAUUUCCCGCGGGAUCCACCGGGUAUUGCGAAGAUAUUGUGUAACAAAAUAGUAGUCGAAAAGUGUUUGUAAUCCUGCUGCGUUGAGAAAUGUUCAAUAUCUAUGGAGCCGGAAAUUUGCCACCGUUCAUGACGAUGUGGCCUUCGAUCAACGAACCGGAUUCGGGCGGUGAUGAUGAGACGAGCGUCCUCAGGGUUCUUGAGGUGGAUCCUUGCAUAGCAGAGAAUGGAACGGCCCAUCGGACCAACCGCUUUGAGCUGAUGAAUCGAGAUUCUAUCGAUGGAAGUUCGUCGGUGCUAAUAGCGAGACGAGGUCAAAGUAUUAAAUUCAAGAUUCUUUGCAAUCGUGAAUUCAACGAAGAACGGGAUAUUGUUUCCAUAAUGUUGGCCGUUCAACCGAUGAAUAGUGAAACAAUUAGCCAUGGUCACUCUACAGUGGUUUACUUGCCACUAGACGUUUCAGGGGGCGAAUUUGAUGAAAAUGUGACCAGCUGGAAGGCUCGAUUAAGUAAAAUUAAAGAGAACACGAUGCACGUAGAAGUUAUUACUUCUCCAAUGGCUUCAGUUUCCCGAUGGGAACUUUCUGUUGACACAAAACUCAAGGGAAAUGACAAAGUUAACAGCUCCAACACACCUAUUCCGUUCUAUCUGCUGUUCAAUCCUUGGUGUGAGAGAGAUGCUGUUUUCUUAGAAGACGAAUCUCUCCGUGAAGAAUACGUCCUAGCCGAUACGACUAUGAUCUGGCGUGGGUGUGACCGAAGUUUUCACCCAACAAUUUGGAAGCUGGGCCAGUUCGAGAAAGAUAUUUUGGACUGCGGUUUACUGUUGGUGUCCCGUGUUGGGCGGGUGCGUGCAACUUACCGCGGUAAUCCCAUACGGGUGGCCAGAGCUCUCUCGGCUGCAAUAAACAGUAACGAUGAUAAUGGUGCCUUGAUCGGCAACUGGGACACAGAAUUUCCCGAUGGAACAGCUCCAACUGCUUGGGUGGGAUCUGUAGAAAUUUUGCAGCAAUAUUAUCGCAAUCGAAGAUCCGUUAAGUAUGGCCAGUGUUGGGUAUUUUCGGGAGUUUUGGCUACAGUUGCUCGAGCAUUGGGUAUUCCCUGCAGAGUUGUGUCUAACUUCAACUCAGCUCACGAUUCGGAGGCUUCACUAACCAUCGACUACUACUUCGGAAAUAAUAACGAUCACCUGAAAGAAUUUAGCUCCGAUUCAACCUGGAAUUUCCACGUAUGGAAUGAGUUGUGGAUGAAGAGGGAAGAUCUGGGUCAGGAAUCUGCUGAUCUGUACGAUGGAUGGCAGGCCGUUGAUGCAACUCCUCAAGAGUUAUCCGAUGGAAUGUACAAACUUGGUCCAGCUCCAGUGAAGGCCGUAAAACGCGGUGAAGUUAAUGUUUUGUACGACUGUGAUUUCGUUUUUGCUGAAGUUAAUGCAGAUGAAGUUUACUGGCGCUAUAGAGGACCAGGACAAGCCAUUAAACUUAUAAGAAAAGAUCCUUCGCGUAUUGGUCAAUUUAUCAGUACGAAGGCUGUUGGCAUAUGGGAACGUGAAGAUAUUACGGAAUCGUACAAGUUCAGAGAACGAUCCUGUGAUGAAAGAAUCACUAUGAUGAAAGCUUUAAAGGAAACCAGUAAUCCUUUCGCUAGACUAUACACUAAUGAAGAAUUCCAUGACAUUCACUUUGAUCUGGACAUCCGAAAUGAUAUCAAAAUUGGCGAGCCGUUCACAAUCACGUUAAACGUGAGGAACACAUCCGAUGAAAACACCUACCCGGUAGAAGGAAUUGUUCAUGUUGACACGGUUCUGUAUACCGGUAGAAUGAGAAGACCUCUGAAAGCUCUACCAUUCAAAGUUGAAGUUGAACCAAAUUCCACCAACACCGUAGAACUUCACUUAGAAUUUGACGAGUACUACAGCAACGUUUUAGAUCAAGCUUACUUCAAGAUCCUUUGCUCAGCCAGCGUCGAGGGAACGAAUUAUGAAUAUUUCGCUCAAGAUGACUACCGUGUCAGGAAACCAGACAUCAAAAUUGCCCUGGACAACGAACCAAUCGGUAAAAGUCCUCUGUAUGUAACAGCCACCCUAACAAAUCCAUUGCCCAUCCCACUGACCAGUGGCGUGUUCAAGUUUGAAUGUUCCGGUGUGUGGCAAUCGGUCGACAUUCCGUACGAUUACAUCGGAGCCGGAGAGGAGUCAACGGUUAAGUUUCGCAUCAUGCCUCAUUUCCAAGGGACCGCACAGAUAGCCGCCAAAUUUAGCUCAACCGAACUGAACGAUGUUGAUGGUUUUCUUUCAUUCCAUAUUCAAGAGGAUCGAGACAGUGAAUUAAAUGCCGGUCAUUCCCUAAAAAAUACGCUAGUAUUUUCCUGAUUUCUAAGCCUGCGAUUUCGUGUUAUUUUUUUUGCGUUAUCCCACCAUGACUCAAUAAAAUUUGUCCUAUUGUAAAGAAAA